GUCACGAUCUGCGUCGAAUCUCGCUACUUACCUCGCGGGGACGCGCGCGACAAAUGAGAACCUCGACCGCCUCGACACGCUACCCGUGACGGUUAUGUUAUUGAAAGUGCGGGAGCAGAGAGGCACCGAUACCUGUAUCCUUGACACAACACUUUUUCCUUCUCGCCAAAACACCGUGUGUUUAUACCGUGUGCGAGCUGUGACACUUGGCAGAGGUCGAGACGACGAUUUUGUUAAAAACGACGAAGCGCAAACACGCGCGACAUACAAAUCGAAAGCUGCAAAAAAAGUUCAAAGUGAAGAGUUCUUUGGAACGCGACGCGAAGAAAAGACGACAGCUCGGUUGUGCGUGAUUCAUACUCCGCGUUUAGUUCUUUCGUCGCUUCGCUGCAUCCCGACGCCUCCUCGGGGAACACGAGGUGCGAGCGAUUUCACUCUCUCGCUCAAAUCCGAUACGAUGCGGCAGAUCGGGAUCGUGUUCCUCCUGCUCUGCUGCGGCCUCGCCGCGGCCGUGACAUUUGACAUGUCACGAGACUUGUCGCUGAACGCGCUCAUGAAGGCGAUGUGGGUCGGACAGCGCCGAGAACAGCCGGGCAGCGCGAAAUUCGAUCCCGACGUCAACCUUGACACGCUGCAGAUGAUAAAAAAAGCGGGCUAUCCGGCGGAGGCUCACAUAGUACAGACGGAAGAUGGGUAUCUCUUAACCCUUCAUCGUAUCCCAGGUGAUAAGGGUCAACCGCCUGUGCUGUUGCAGCAUGGUUUCUUGUGCAGUUCCGCCGACUGGGUCAUCCCUGGCAAGGAUAAAGGACUUGCUUUCGUGCUGGCCGAUCAAGGAUACGAUGUCUGGUUGGGCAAUUUUCGUGGAAACACCUAUUCGAGGGCGCACGUUUCUCUAUCCCCAUCAGAUUCAGCAUUUUGGAAUUUCAGCUUUCACGAAAUGGGCAUCUACGAUCUACCCGCGAUGAUCUGGCAUAUUACGAAUACAACGUUGCAACCAUUGUACACGUACAUCGGUCAUUCAAUGGGCACAACUGCUUCCUAUGUGAUGGCAGUGGAACGUCCGGAAAUCGUCGGAAUGGUGCGACUGAUAAUCAGCCUUGCACCUAUAGCUUUUUUGGAACAUAUGAAAAGUCCAAUACGAUUAUUCGCUCCUUUCGCGAACGACUAUGAGAUAAUCGCGCAUUUUCUUGGCGAGGACGAAUUUCUGCCGCAAAAUAGUGUGCUGCGUCUUCUGGCCAAGUACGGCUGCGACGUCGACUACUUUGAGAAGGAGAUCUGCGCGAACACGCUAUUUCUGAUCUGUGGAUUCGACAAAGAACAAUUUAAUUAUACUCUGUUACCUGUGAUUCUGAGUCACGAUCCGGCCGGCACCUCGACUAAAACGUUGGUGCACUUCGCCCAGGAGGUCAAGUCCGGCAAAUUUCGCCAGUACGAUUACGGGCGCGAGAAAAAUCUGCUACUCUACAACGCAACAGAACCGCCGGGCUACAAUCUAACGAAUAUUACCGUGUCGGUUGCGUUAUUCUACGCCGACAAUGACUGGUUGGCCAACAGCCUGGACGUGAAGAGGCUUAACAGUUUGUUACCCAACGUACUGGACGUGUACCGAGUACCGUUACCUAAAUUUAAUCACCUGGAUUUCGUAUGGGGUAAGGACGCGGUUAAGCUUGUGUACAAGAGAUUGCUUAAGAUCAUGAAGACUUGAGAGUCACGGCGACCAUAAAGAUGAGAGAUGAAUAUAGGAUACCGGAACAGUAAUCUUUUCAAUGCGAUUGCGAUUAUAAAAGUUAUUUAGGUCGCAGUAUUUUCGAGCAGUUUACGUAGGUGAAUAUAAUAUACGCAUCUAAGUAAUUGCUGCUAUUUCGGCAUAAAUCUCGAUAGAAUUAACACAAGAAGACUAGUAGUUAAGAAAUUACAAUCUGAUCGUCCAUUAACACGACUAUUAGUCAAAUUUUUGUUAAGUAUACAAUUAACAGGGUAGAGUUUUUUGCUACUUUAAUAUAGUAUUAUACGUAUGUAAUAAAUAAGAGUUACUUACAAUUAUU